AUGACUACGAUCAGGUCAGUCUCCCGUCGUAAACACGUGAACGCCACGUUGGUAUGUGGCUCGGCCGUCGACUUCCUCCGCUCUGGCAUGGACCCCGGUGCCACGGAUGCAGCUGGCGACUCUGCGGUUCUUGCUGCAUCAAGGCAGCCGGAAUCGUUCGACCAGGAGCCCUUCUGGGAUGAGUUUUUCGACCACUAUUGUAUCUCGAAACCCCUCGAGGCCCAGUCCCUCGUGAACCAGCGCGGCUCCGGAGGUGACUCGUGUCUCCACGCUGCUGCGGCGGGGCAACGAGGUAGCCUCGUGCGUAAACUUCUUUACUGGGGCGCCGACCUGGCUAUGCUGAACGACCGUGGCGAACGCCCUGCAGUCCAGAGCCACUGGAUUCAGGAUUUAGACGCCAACCCUCUGCUCCAGGCCGGCGCGAGCAACCCGGGCAAGUGCCACACGACAGAGAGGCGGCGUUGUUCGCAGCAUGUGCAGCCUGCGUGUGGACGCAUGUAG